AAUGUAGUCAUUUGAAGAACAUUUAAAAUGGGCACAUUGUGCAGGAUAUUAAGUAUGUAGAGGGGCUUGGCCUCCACACAGCUGUCCCAGUUAUGCUGUCUCAAGUGGCCGUGUUGAAGCUCCAGUGUCUCUUUGAGACCAAGCAUAUUAACUCUCAAGUGCUCCACUGGGUUUUGGUAAUGGUCUGGUAUUCCCAGUGAAUUCCCAGUAGUGUGGACUGUGUUCCAGUAAAAUGGCACACAAUGUGCUCUUGAGUCCAGCUAGCUUGUCAGGGUGGAGGAAGUGAGUGCUUCAUUCAAGCCGUGGAUUGACCCCCCAGUGCACUACCGUUAACUGGAGCCCUGGGGAGGUGAUGGCUUCAUGUCCUUAUUACAGAUCUGGGAACUGAAGAAAUGGCAGUGCAAGAAUGUGGCAAUAGUAGUCUUGUGCUGAUCAGUUCUACAAUAGAUCACAAUAUUCAGUGUCAAUGACAUUGUUAUCAUGGACACUUCAAAACAUCACCGUCUCUGCGUUCUAUUCGAGAAAAGCCUACGUUCUGGACACACUUGAUGGUGGAUGGUGUAGUUUCAGCGCUGAUGGUGUUUCUCAACCUGCUGGGACACUGAGAGACACUUUGCUUCUGUCCAUUCACCCACUUCAAUAUGUCUGCCAUACAGGCGAUCUGGCCUCCAGGCACAGAGUGUGUGGCCAGGUACAACUUCCCCGGCUCGACCGACCAGGAUCUGCCCCUGUGUAAAGGAGAUGUCCUCACCAUUAUAGGAGUCACUAAGGACCCAAACUGGUACAAAGCCAAAAACGCAGGGGGACGAGAGGGAACCAUCCCAGCAAACUAUGUCCAGAAGCGAGAAGGGGUUAAAUCUGGCGGGAAGCUCAGCCUCAUGCCAUGGUUCCACGGUAAGAUAACACGUGAACAGGCCGAGGGACUGCUCUACCCGCCCGAGACGGGGUUGUUCCUGGUUCGUGAGAGCACCAACUACCCCGGAGACUACACGCUGUGUGUGAGCUCUGAGGGCAAAGUGGAGCACUAUCGCAUCAUCUACCACAAUGGGAAACUCACCAUUGACGAGGAGGUGUACUUCGAGAACCUCAUGCAGCUCGUCGAGCACUACACAAAAGAUGCGGACGGGCUUUGCACCAGACUCAUCAAACCCAAGCUCAUGGAGGGAACAGUGGCAGCGCAGGAUGAGUUCUCCAGAAGUGGAUGGGCACUGAACCUCAAGGAACUGAAACUCAUUCAAACUAUUGGAAAGGGUGAAUUUGGAGAUGUCAUGGUGGGGGAUUACAGAGGCACUAAAGUAGCUGUGAAGUGCAUCAAACAUGACGCCACAGCACAGGCCUUCAUCGCAGAAGCGUCAGUCAUGACACAACUGCGACACAAUAACCUGGUGCAGCUGUUGGGCGUGAUCGUGGAGGAGAAAGGCAGCUUGUUCAUCGUCACAGAGUACAUGGCUAAGGGAAGCCUGGUGGACUAUCUCCGCUCCAGAGGACGCACUGUUAUUGGAGGAGACUGUUUGCUCAAGUUCUCCAUGGAUGUGUGUGAGGCCAUGGCAUAUCUGGAGGCUAACAAUUUCGUCCAUAGAGAUCUGGCAGCUCGGAAUGUUUUAGUCUCUGAGGACAGCAUCGCUAAAGUCAGUGAUUUUGGUUUGACCAAGGAGGCGUCGUCCACUCAGGACACGGCUAAGCUGCCAAUCAAAUGGACAUCCCCUGAAGCCCUGAGAGAAAAGAAAUUCUCCACUAAGUCAGAUGUAUGGAGUUAUGGAAUAUUGCUCUGGGAGAUCUAUUCCUUUGGCCGCGUACCAUACCCGAGAAUCCCUCUGAAAGAUGUGGUGCCUCGUGUGGAAAAGGGCUACAAGAUGGAUGCCCCAGACGGCUGUCCUCCUGCUGUGUACGACAUCAUGAAGCAGUGCUGGACUUUAGAGCCAGCGAUGCGGCCCAGCUUCAGAGAGCUGAGAGAGAAUCUGCAGCUCAUCCAAGAUCAAGAGCUGUUCCUGUGAGAGCAAGGACACAGAGACGGACUAACUCUGUGUGAGAGAGCUCAAAGGACUGUACAGAACUGUAUACACACAUGUGCGCACACACACACGCACUCUCACACACUCUCAGAACAGCACUCUGUCAUCACACACUUGAAAAAGAAGAGACAUACAUGGAAAAUAUAAGUAUAGCCAAAUUGUUUUACUGAUCCCCACUUUUUUUUUUUGUUCCUUUCUUUUGCUGUGCCUUCAUGAUUUGUUUUAUAGAAUCGGAGAGGCUGGCCUUCUCUUGUGUAUUUGCCUUUUUUUUUUAAAUAAUUUAACUGUCUCCAGCCUCUUAUGACCUGUUUGUCUUUAUCUUUCAGUCACUGUCUUACUGUCUCCUCUCAUACUAGAAUACUCUUUUCACUUUGCUAAGUCAUGCUCACACAGCACAGCGUCGUAGAGACAGAUUCCCCGAUUGCGUGGACGUGCAAGCAUUCGUGUGUGCGUACUCCUCUGUGGAUGUUGUGUUUCCGGAGCACUGGACUCUUCCCUGCCCCUGAGCUGUUGCUGUUAUUUAGUUUUUAUUAUUCAGUGUUCACACCCCGAGUUUGUAAUGUCUUUCAUUUGGUUGAAAAAUGGGUCUCGUUCUUAAUCCUGGAAAUGACUAAACUUGAAGCAUGUGUCAAUUCACGUAGGGGGAGAUUUGCUGAUUACAUUUCUGAUCCAUGGAAAAAGAUGCAUUUUGUAUGUAAAGUGUAAGAAGAUGAUGAAGAAAGAAAAUAUGAAGUUGUCUGCCUG